UUAACAGACCACGAUAACGGACUUCCGAAUUGUUGUGGCGCGGCACCGCGUCUGGUGACACCGGCCGAGACGAUGCUAAUACACUGCUGUGUGGGUACCGGCCCGUUAGGCACUGAGACGCAGAAACUUCCAGAGGAGUUUUCUCCACGUUUGGGAGGGAGAGGGGUAGGCGGCGAUUUCCUCGGCUGGACUCAGGAGAACUUUUUUUUUUUCCUUCGGGUGCCGGAUAUUUCAAGAAAUUAGCGGAAUUACUUCCUGCGCCACGUCAAAAGGCUCGAGCAGCCCCGAGGCGGACCGGUGUCCCAGACCGUCGAGAGAAAUCCGGUAAAUUCCCGGUAAAACUCUUGAAAGUUUCCGUGCUUUCUGUUGCCGUUUACAGUUUUUCGGGGGGGAGAUCCGUGGCCAGCUUUUAAUUCCUCCGUGAAGCUGGAAAACUUGUGUUUUCGUACGUCGAUUGUGGCGCCGAGAUUUUAAAAGGGGGAAAAAAAAGUUGAUCGCUUCUAUUCCCUCUGAAGUGCGCUUUCAUAAAUUAAAUCUUGAAAACUGUUGCUCGAGGAGUACGCCUCUGAAGAUACGGAGCUCAGAAGAUUGUGGUGAUUUUCUUAAAACUCCUGUCAACGAACAGCACAGCGCGUACCGUUACUUUCAGUGGGUUUCCAUCGAGUCUCUUACAGUUCCAAUUUUUCGACGCCAACACUUUUCAUCUGGUUAAAGAAGUCUUUUUUAACAGACAUUGCUACUUAUGAUAAUACUUUUAUGAGAGACUUAAACAGUGGGAGCACCCGAGGAAGAGUGUGAGACACCACAGUGAGGAAGUAACACCCUGGACUUUUCACCAUUUUCUUACUUCUGCAGCCUCUCCUGCCGACCUCGCCUGAGCCGAGCUCCUGAGCCAUGCUGCUGCUUCCCGCCACCGUCCUGUGGGGGGUGCUGCUGAGCGCUCACUGCAAGCCCCCCGGCGACCACGCGGCCACGCUGGCGGAGGGCAGCUGGGCCCUGGGGCUGCGCCUGUAUCGCGCGCUGCGGAACGGCACGCAGCCGCCAGAGAACCCACUGCUCUCCCCACUGCUGCUGGCCGCCUCCCUGGGGGCGCUGUCCCAGGGGGCCGGGGGGGCCACGGCGCAGCAGAUCCGCGGCCUUCUCGGCGCGGGCGCGAUGACCCCCGACGCCCUGGCGGGGGCGCUGGCGGGGCUCCUGGACGAGCUGCACGCCCGGCACAACGCCAGCUACGCCCUGCACGCCGCCGGCGCCCUCUUCACCUCCAAGGGCCAGAGCCCGCGCCAGGCGUUCCUGAAGGAAGCGGAGACGCGCCUCCGCCUGCAGCACGCCACGCUGAGCCCCGGCGACAAACAGGGCAGCCUGCGGGCCCUCAACGCCUGGGCGGAGAGGGCCACACAGGGGGCAGUGCUGGAGGUCGCCAAGGAGAUGCCUGCGUCGCCGGGGGCCCUGCUUGUGAAUGCCCUGCACUUCAAAGGGCUGUGGGACAGGGAGUUUGACGUGGAGGGGAUCGACUUCAGGCGCUUCCUGGGCAGCAAGUACACCAAAGUGGCCAUGAUGCACAGAGCAGGAAUUUACCGUCACUAUGAGGACCUGGAGAAGAUGGUCCAGAUUCUGGAGAUGCCCCUGGCAGGCGGGUCGGCUAGCAUGGUCCUGCUGCUCCCCCUGCAUGUGGAGCCACUGAGCCGACUGGAGGGCCUGCUGACCCAGGAGCAGCUGACCGUCUGGCUCGGGCGCCUGGCCAACCGCAGUAUCGGCGUCUCCCUCCCCCGAAUGGAUGGACCGCCGGAGAUGUGUUUAGCUGGUAUUUCUUCUGGGAUCCAUCACAGAAACUCAACAAACCAAGCCCGACGGAAGCAGCUGGCGGCGCUGGGCAUGGCGGACGCCUGGGACGGAGCGCGGGCGGACUUCGCCGGGGUGACGGGCCAGAAGGGCCUGCGUCUGGCCGCGGUCCUGCACGCCGCGGCGCUGGAGCUGGGGCCCGAGGGGGCGCCCGUGCAGCAGGAGGAGGAGCUGCAGAACACGCGUCUCUUCUACGCCGACCAUCCCUUCGUGCUGCUGGUGCGGGACAACCAGACGGGGGCGCUGCUGCUGAUGGGCGCGCUGGACAACGCGCAGGGCUCGGCCCUGCAUGACGAGCUGUAGAAGGGGGAUGGGGGAGAGCGGCUCCUGGGCUCCUGGGCUCUUGGGCUCUUGGGCCCCUGGGCUGCUCACAUCUGGGCUCCUGAGCUCCUGGGCUCCAUAGCUCCAUGGCUCCUGGGCUCUUGGGCACUUGAGCUCCUGGGCUCCUGGGCUCCUUGGCUCCUGGGGCAGGACAAGUAUUUGACGCUGGCUUGGACUUCUUACAGAACAAUGGCGCAGGAGAAAGUUAUUGAAAUGUUUGCUUCCUCACUGCAGCUGGGUUUCACAUCACAUCUGAGGUGUGAAGGGAGUAAGGUGAAGGGAUGUACUGUACAAUAGGUAGAGGGGACAGGUACGACUUGACAGAAUAAUGAGGAUAUGGGGAAACGGGGUACACGGUAUUGGGAGAAGGGGAUUUAGGGGUACAGACUGGGGUUUAGGGUAUGGGAUUAAUGGGGUAUGGGAUAUCAGGGAAAAUACUGUAUGGGGUAUAUCAUGUCACAGAACACUGGGGUUUAAGGCAUCAGCGUACUGGGGUAUAUUGGGGAAUAGGGUGUCAGAGCACUGGGGCAUAAUGUGUCAGAGUAUUGGGAUAUACUGGGAUACAGAGUGUCAGAGUACUGGGGAGUAGGGUAUCAGAGCACUGGGGUAUACUGGGGUAUAAAGUUACAGAGUAUUGGGGUAUACUGGGGUAUAAGGUGUCAGAGUAUUGGGGUAUACUGGGGUAUAGGGUGUAGUUUUCAGAAUAAGACACAGAGACAGCUUUGUGUUCUGUGGGUAAUUUGUACGUAUUUUGGAAAAUGAGCACAAGAACAUGGCAGGAACACAAAGAAUUCCCUUUUUUCCCCUUCUGCCUUUUGUUCAAUUCUGCUGACAUACAGUGAGUGACUGGGUGUUCCGGCUGUCGGAUUUUGUGGAUUUUUCUGGCAAGGUGUAUCGAAUUCCGUUGACGUCGCUCACUGCGGUGCUGAGGCCUGCGGUACAGAGCGAAGACCUUCCGCAGCCCAGCGAUCACACACGGGAGGUGCCGGACAAGCCCCCCGGUGAGCAAAACUUCCCGGGAUACGGAGUCCCUUCCACAGCCGCGACCUCUGGCAUGGGGAACCGGAGGACAGAGAGACCCAGCGAGCCCAGUGCUGGAGGAGCUCGUUUUUAAUCUUCGGAAAUAAAUUAUUGAGAAAUAAAAUGUGCAUGUGGAAAAAUAACAGAAUUGCACUGUGCCAUUAAUCUUAAAAAAGAAGAAAUGUCCUCUAUUGACAAGUUCCAUUAAAAGCGUAGCCUUUUCAUCUUU